AGAUCCGGUUACUUUUCGCUGAGAUCCGUCUAACCGUGUAUACAAUUUGGUAAAAACAUGUCAAAAACAGAUGAUUCUGCCAUAUGGGAUGACGGCCAGGAAUCUUUAGGUGAAGAAAUUUUAAAUUGGUCUAAUGAUGAUAUCAUAAGCAGAACAAAAUUACUCGAUAAUGAAAUACGGAUAAUGAAAUCCGAAUUGAUGCGUAUUAAUCAUGAAUUAGCAGCGCAAAAAGAUAAAAUAAAGGAAAACAAAGAAAAGAUAAAAGUUAACAAAACUCUUCCUUAUUUAGUAUCGAACGUUAUCGAAUUGCUUGAUGUUGAUCCUCAAGAUUCAGCUGAAGAAGGAGCAAACAUCGACCUUGACUCUCAAAGGAAAGGAAAAUGUGCUGUUAUUAAAACUUCAACAAGACAAACUUACUUUUUACCUGUCAUUGGCCUCGUGGAACCAGAGAGUCUUCAUCCUGGCGAUUUAGUAGGAGUUAAUAAAGAUUCAUAUCUAAUUCUCGAAACUCUACCACAAGAAUAUGAUUCCCGCGUAAAAGCUAUGGAAGUUGACGAAAGACCAACCGAACAGUAUGGUGACAUUGGUGGUCUUGACAAGCAAAUUCAAGAACUUAUCGAGGCAGUCGUUUUACCGAUGACCCAUAAGGAGCGUUUCGAAACCUUGGGAAUACAACCGCCGAAAGGAGUACUUUUAUAUGGUCCACCAGGGACCGGAAAGACUCUUCUAGCAAGAGCAUGUGCUGCUCAAACCAAAUCUACGUUUCUGAAACUCGCUGGACCGCAACUUGUUCAGAUGUUUAUAGGUGAUGGUGCCAAGCUGGUUCGCGACGCAUUCGCCUUAGCUAAAGAAAAAGAACCCGCUAUUAUUUUUAUCGAUGAAUUGGACGCUAUUGGUACAAAACGUUUUGAUAGCGAAAAGGCUGGAGAUAGGGAAGUACAAAGAACAAUGUUGGAACUAUUGAACCAACUGGACGGUUUUCAACCUAACCAAAAGAUCAAAGUCAUUGCCGCUACCAAUAGAGUAGAUAUUCUAGAUCCGGCUCUUUUAAGAUCUGGAAGAUUGGAUCGUAAAAUUGAAUUUCCCGUACCGAAUGAAGAAGCCAGAGCUAGAAUAAUGCAAAUUCACUCGCGAAAGAUGAAUGUCAACAAAGAUGUUAAUUUUGAGGAAUUGGCAAGGUGUACAGACGACUUCAAUGGCGCUCAAUGUAAAGCCGUUUGUAUUGAAGCGGGAAUGAUUGCUUUGAGGAGAGGAGCGGUAGAACUAUCGCAUGAAGACUAUAUGGAUGCAAUUCUCGAAGUUCAAGCGAAGAAGAAAGCCAACCUGAACUAUUACGCCUAA